AUGAACUUCCGGACUGCCGAGAAACAGGAUUCUUUUGCCAAUCUGCUGAGGAGCCAUGGAUUCUCCGGUACCCAAAUCGCCAAAUGCAUCAAGCGGUGCCCUGGUGUACUCGGGAUGGAUCCCGAGAGAAUAGUUGGUCCCAAACUCGACUUCCUUCGUUCCAUUGGGAUUUCGGAGGCCGAGCUGGUGGAAGGAACAGCAACCGGAAGGAAUGGUAUUGGAUGCGCAUCGUUUAGAAGGAGAUGGAGAUUCCGACAGAGCAAAUGCUGCCGACGUUUCAACAGGUGGUCGGGGAUUUCAGGUCGAUCGAAAUUGAGGCUUGAGGUGUCGAUGGAGGGCUGA